AACAAGGUGGAAUAGUGUUCUAUACAUGAUUCAACGAUUAAUCACUUUAAAUACAGAAGAUUGUUUAAUUGUAACUUUGUCAAAAUUGCCUAAGGCACCAGAACCACUAAGCUUCAAUGAUUUCGUUGAUUUAAAAGAAGUGGUAAAGUUGCUUCAACCUUUUGAGGCCGCAACGAAUCAAAUUUCUGGACAGACAUAUGUGACAGUAUCGUUAAUUAUCCCUUUGGUGGUGGGAAUACAUAAUAAUUUAACUGAAAUAGAGCAAUUCCUUACCAGUGAUAUUGGGAAAGAACUAUGUACAAAAUUGAAAUUAUCUGUGAUAAAACGCCUUUUUAUAUAUGAACAAAGAACUAUUCCUAAAAUUGCGACAUUAUUAGAUCCCAGAUUAAAGAAAUAUGCAUUUCGCAAUGUGGAAAACGCGAACAGUGCUCAGCAACUUGUUCAACAAGAAGUGACUCAAUUAAUCAGGAGAGAGAGACAAUUGCAUUUGGAAAAUGAACCAUCUACUUCUCAGGCAACAUCAAAUGAAGCAACGACAAGUGUUGCUGGAUUGAUGGAUUUUUUAUCCCAGCGUAUUUCUCAAACAAACCCAAAUGCGAUAGCAGACGGUAUUAUAGCAAUUCGCCAAUAUUUAGAAUUGCCCACGCUUGAGCUAAAUAAGAAUCCAAUUUUAUAUUGGAAGAAGUACCCUGUAAAGGAACUUCAGAGAAUAGCUGAACGUUACUUCUGCGUCCCAGGCACGUCAGUUCCGUCCGAAAGAAUAUUCUCUAAAGCAGGGCAAAUAGUUUCAGCAAGACGUUCCAACUUAAAGCCUACCAAUGUAAACUUGCUAAUAUUUUUAAAUCAAAAUACGUGGUUAAUUGAAAAAUAGAUUGUACUUAUUUUGAUAUUCACAAAAGUUAAUUAUUCGCUUUCGCUAGCGUUCUACAAGAUUAUAUUACAAAAACU